CCGACAUACAUAAACAGUCGAGGCCUUUCCGUGGAGGGACGUCUUUUUUGCUUGGAAUAUUUUGCUUGUCAUCGGACGUUAAAAUUAUUUAUUUUGUUAAUUUUCUAAAUUUCAAUUAGAUUCUAAGCGUAGUUCGCCAAAGAAUAGGUACAGCAUUAAACAAGAUGAAGUGUGUGUGCGUACUGCUGACGCUGGUGGCGGCUGCGCAGGCCGUCUCCUUCUUCGAUCUCGUACGCGAGGAAUGGCAGGCUUUCAAAAUGGAGCACAACAAGACAUAUGAGAGUGAACUGGAGGACAAGUUCCGCUUGAAGAUCUAUGCAGAGAACAAGCACAAGAUCGCCAAGCACAAUCAGCGCUUUAAACAGGGCCUGGUAUCGUUCCGUCUCAAACAGAAUAAGUACGGCGACCUGCUGCACCAUGAGUUUGUGCACAUCAUGAAUGGAUUCAACAGGACUUCGCACAAACUCGCAGGCGUCCGCGGGCAGGCGCAGCGCGGCGCGACGUACCUGGCGCCCGCCGGCGUGGCGCUGCCCGCCGAGGUGGACUGGCGCCGCAAGGGCGCCGUCACCGACGUCAAGGACCAGGGCAAGUGCGGCUCCUGCUGGGCCUUCAGCACGACUGGUUCGCUGGAAGGGCAGCACUUCCGCAAGACGGGAUACCUAGUGUCCCUGUCGGAGCAGAACCUAGUGGACUGCUCGAGCGCGUACGGCAACAACGGCUGCAACGGUGGUCUCAUGGACAACGCGUUCAAGUAUAUCAAGGACAACGACGGCAUCGACACCGAGAAGAGCUAUCCCUACGAGGCCAAGGACGACAAGUGCCGGUACAACCCUAAGAACGCGGGCGCCGACGACGUAGGCUUCGUGGAUGUGCCGGCGGGCGACGAGGCCAAGCUGAUGGCCGCCGUGGCCACGCAAGGGCCCGUCUCCGUCGCCAUCGACGCCUCGCUCGAGACCUUCCAGCUGUACUCGGACGGCGUCUACUACGACGAGAAUUGCUCCAGCAACAACCUCGACCACGGGGUGCUGGUGGUGGGCUACGGCUCGGACGAGGACGGCGGCGACUACUGGCUGGUGAAGAACUCGUGGGGCCGCUCGUGGGGCGAGCUGGGCUACAUCAAGAUGGCGCGCAACCGCGACAACCACUGCGGCAUCGCCAGCUCCGCCUCCUUCCCGCUGGUCUAGCGGCGCCGAGGCCGGGCGUCGGCGCUAGUCUUAAGCUUAGGUGAAAUUAAGUAACUCGUGUGAUUUGCUAGCUUAUUGUGUGAAUGUUAUAAAUGUAAGAUCAAUAAAUA